UCCUGGCCGUGACGUCAGGUGCGGUUGCCGCCAUUUUGGAGCGGAGAGCGCGGGGGUCUGACAGACUGUGCUUCCCGGUGGGAUAGGGCCUUUGUGUCGGUUUGGGUUCCCCUCCUGUCCCUCAGGCCGCACCAUGUCCGAUAAACACGGCGGAGACCCGCAGCUGGAGGAGACCGGAGAGGAGAAGCAGGAUUCACAGGAGAAGGAAGCAGUUACCCCAGAAAAAGCAGAGGAGCAGAAACUAAAGGCAAAGUACCCCAAUCUGGGGCAGAAACCUGGAGGUUCAGACUUCCUGAUGAAAAGGCUUCAGAAAGGGCAAAAGUACUUUGACUCUGGAGACUACAACAUGGCCAAAGCCAAAAUGAAGAACAAACAGCUACCUUGUGCUGGGCCGGACAAAAAUCUGGUAACGGGAGACCACAUCCCAACGCCACAGGACCUCCCACAGAGGAAGUCUUCCUUGGUCACCAGCAAGCUGGCAGGGUAGCCCACCCUUCCGUCUGCCGCUCCAGAAUGGACAUGUCCGCAGUUAACUGUACCAUCGAACUGGGAUGACUGGACUUUCAUAUAAUGGCAUCUAUCUGUCCAUGCUAGAAGGGCCAGUGCAGUGUUGUUCGACAAUGUUGCACUGGCCUUUUUAUCCACGACAGUUAAACUUCAAGCAAGCCAGUAAGAUGCCGCAUGAAUUAAGAUUUGCAGUGGGUGGCAGGCGAGUGUGAUAAGCUGUCGGCGCAAGAGAAUUUUCUCUGAUUUUGAUGACAAGUGUUAAAUAGUGUAAGAUAUAAAUUUGGGGGUUUGCAUUCCCUUGUGUGUGGUGCAGGCGUGACUUGGCAACACUCUUGAAAGUUAACAAAAUAAAAUGCUCCUUCGAGGGGGCCAAAUAUAAUGGACAUCUUCCCCGGUUAAACCAAGAAGAUCACAUCUUCUGAAUUGUCCAGAUGCCUCUCCAUUGUAGUAAGAUGUGCUUGUAUAGUGGCUGUACAUCUGCAAAGACUAGGAGUGUGUGUUAACCACAAGCCACACUGGGAUUACAGGAACAUGUUUUGAGAAGGCUUAGAAUUCAUUGCUUGUUCUGUGUAGAUCAUAAGUUGACGCUUUCCUUCUUAUUACUGAUAGUAAAGCAAUGUAGAUGUUGGGUGUAGGAUGUACUAGGACUGGCACUCUGCAGUCUACUUCUGUUUAGGUCCUCAUGCCGUAAGCUGCCAGUUUUCUUUGAAUGUUUUUAAUUUCAGCAUCUCUACAAACUUUUUUGUUUGAUUUUUACAUUCUGGUGACAUCUGAGUGAUCCUUGUAUUGGUGUGAAAGAGUUGUUGGAUUCAACGCGUAGUGACUGGUAGGUAUAGGGAAGGUAAAAUGAUAAAAGGCCGCAACCUAAGAGUAUGAUGUUCCCUCACAAACCAUCAAAGGAGUACA